GCGGGUCUACACGGUGAUUGACAGGUCUCUACCAGAGUGUUGUCCAGUCUGGGAGGCAGUUGUCGGUGUUUUCGUCUCACGAGUCUCAGUGUGUUUUUACUUCAUGACAGUUAAUUGUAACUUUUUGGUCGUCUAAAAAUAUCUCCUUCAGCCUUCGGUUGUACUUAGCUCCACCCUCUAGUGUCACUUCUGUUUGCAAAUAACUAAGAUGGCGACGGCCAAAAUGCCAAACUCGAGACUUCACAACGACAAUCCACAAGCCAGUGUGUGACGCCAGGACGACUACGUCGGCUUCUCGUAUACAGUCCGUGAAUUAAAUAUCCUCCAGUAGCAGAAGAACAUGUAACAUGAUUAGAAGUGGAGAGAUGGAUGUGAAAGAGAAAUAAUGAAAUAACUCAAAGCAGUGAUGAGACGUGUGACAUCUUUAUUGUAGUUUCUUACUUCAGUAACGUCAUUCUGACUCGGCGGUCGUCUCUCUGCCCCUUCAGGGUUCGUUGUGACUCAGCUGGUGACGUCGUGCGGCAGCGACGGUCACUCCAUGGCCCUGACGGAGAGCGGCGAGGUGUUCAGCUGGGGGGACGGAGACUACGGCAAGCUGGGCCACGGGAACAGCGACCGCCAGCGCCGCCCGAGGCAGAUCGAAGCGCUGCAGGGAGAGGAGGUGGUGCAGAUGUCCUGUGGGUUCAAACACUCGGCGGUGGUAACAGCCGACGGGAAGCUUUUCACAUUUGGAAACGGUGAUUACGGACGACUGGGUUUGGGAAACACCUCGAACAAGAAGCUUCCGGAGAAGGUCACCGCUCUGGAGGGAUACCAAGUGGGACAGGUGGCUUGUGGUUUGAACCACACUUUAGUCGUCUCCGCCGACAGGAUGAUGGUUUGGGCUUUUGGUGACGGAGACUACGGAAAACUGGGACUCGGCAAUUCCACGGCCAAGUCGUCGCCUCAGAAAGUGGACGUGUUGUGUGGAAUCGGCAUCAACAAAGUGGCGUGUGGAACACAGUUCUCUGUGGCUUUAACCACAGACGGCAAAGUCUUCACCUUCGGCCAAGACCGCCUGAUCGGCUUACCUGAAGGCCGGGCCAGGAACCACAACCGGCCCCAGCAGGUGCCGGCUCUGUCGGGGGUCCACAUCCAGGAUGUGGCCGUCGGAGCUGAACACACUCUGGUGCUCUCGUCCACGGGAGACGUUUACACCUGGGGCAGCAACUCGGAGGGACAGCUCGGUCUGGGCCACACCAACCACAUCAGAGAGCCAACGGUGGCCACGGUGCUGCAGGGAAAAAACAUCCACCAGAUCUCUGCCGGACGCUGCCACAGCGCCGCCUGGUCGGCUCCUUCUGUACCGCCUCGAGCUCCAGGCUCCUCGGUUCCUCUCCAGCUGGGUCUCCCCGUGGCGGUUCCUCCUCAGUACAGCGGCCUCAGAGAGGUCAGCAUCGAGGCGGUGAGGGCUCGUCUGCGUCUCCUCUACCACUUCUCUGACCUCAUGUACUCCUCAUGGAGACUCCUCAACCUCAGCCCCAACAACCAGAGCUGUACGUCGCACUACAACGCCGGUACCUGGGGGAUCGUUCAGGGCCAGCUGAGGCCCCUGUUGGCCCCCAGAGUCUACACUCUGCCCAUGGUGCGCUCCAUAGGGAAGACCAUGGUUCAGGGCAAGAACUACGGGCCCCAGAUCACCGUCAAACGGAUCUCCACACGGGGGCGUAAGUGUAAACCGAUCUUCGUGCAGAUCGCCCGUCAGGUGGUGAAGCUGAACGCCUCGGACCUCCGCCUGCCCUCCAGGGCCUGGAAGGUGAAGCUGGUGGGCGAGGGGGCCGACGACGCGGGGGGGGUGUUUGACGACACCAUCACAGAGAUGUGUCAGGAGCUGGAGACCGGCGUGGUCGACCUGCUCAUCCCCUCACCCAACGCCACGGCCGAGGUCGGCUACAACAGAGACAGGUUCCUCUUCAACCCGUCCUCCUGUCUGGACGAACACAUGCUCCAGUUCAGGUUCCUGGGCAUCCUGAUGGGCGUGGCCAUCCGCACCAAGAAGCCCCUGGACCUCCACCUGGCCCCGCUGGUGUGGAAACAGCUGUGCUGCAUCCCGCUGAUGCUGGAGGACCUGGAGGAGGCGGACCUCCUCUAUGUGCAGACGCUCAAAAGCAUUCUUCACAUUGAAGACGGCGGCAUCACCGAGGAGAACUUCCAUGAGGUGGGAAAUCCCUUUCUUGAUUCUCAUAUUGGGAUAGAGG